GUCUGUGUGUGUUGGCUGGGAACCGUUUGUGCGGUGUGCUGGUACUGCUGUGUAUUUUCAGAUACUACAUCCUGAAACCGACCUAGUGCGACAAUAAACUAAUAUUGUAAAUAAGAAGAGAAUUAAUUGAUUGAUUGAGGUUAUAUUGAGAAGCAUGGUGACACGACACAUGUAGCUUUGGGUAAUUUUCCAAGGAGCUUGAGUUACAAAAGUUUCAUUGUGGAAUAAAACUUUGGAUUCAUCUCUUCUUUAUCAACGGGUUAGACGACCAAGUGGGUCUUCCGCUCAACGAAAGGCACAAGUUAACUCGAGUCUUGCAGUGGGUUUUUUAACUGGUGAUUCACCUUGGGUGAAACUAUUAUCAAACAUGAACGAUAUGGCAAACAUGUAUUGUCGUCCAGAUGAUAACUCCUGCUUCACUGUCGAGGCUUGUAAUGAACUAUAUGCAAACUUCCCCAAGUUACCAGACAUCCCAAUCGAAUGUGACGGUACUUACGGUACUUGCCGUACUUUCGGUUGCUCAUGGUGGUUAUUGAUGUUGCUGCUGUUAAUUCCCAUAAGUUGUUGCCUGGCGUGUUACUUGAGGAAAUGCUACCGAGUGAGAGAUAAUAGGCAUGGUGUAGUAAAUGAUGCAUCUGCCGCUCAACCAACGUCCAACCGCAACAUUCCAUUAGAUGCACAGUAAAGCCGGCAUGUCUACUACAGCCAAGCCCUGAGACACCCCCGAACCCAAGGGCUUCAUACACACACCACGUUCAUGACCCUCCUUCAUGCUCAUGUUGGAUCUGUCACUCAUCUUAUUUUUGAUUAUUUCGGUUCGGUUCACUUUGCGCCCCCCCCCCCCAAAAAAAAAAAAAAAAACCAACAACAACAUGGAAAUCAAUUUUUUUUUUCCUGCUUUUGCAUCAUCAAAUCUUUGUCUACCUCUUGGGUAUUGAGAUCAUGCACAAUGUGCCUGGGGCAUAGCCAAAUGGUAUAGCAAAAGGUAAUCGGCUCAGUGAGCGUUUUAUUAAAAUUUAACAAAUUGAAUGGGUAUCUAUUUGUCGUGACCCAGACGGCCAUUCAAUCCCUGUACUACUAUAGGUUUGUCAGUUUAUGUACAUGAGGUACCUAAAGUGCUCACACUACAAACAACUGUUUUGUCAACGAAAACCAAUUCUGUAAUGUUGCUUUAGGUGUGGGAAGGUUUUCAGAAGUUUGUAAGUUAGACCUAUCAGUUGUGUGUAUUUUGUUUAAAGGGUCUAUGUACUUUUUGUAGGACAAAAAACACAACGUCCACAGAUUUACA